AUGCCUGCUCAGCAACCAGUUCAGCGAAGGAACUCUGGACAGAAACUACGUACUCAGCCCGAAACCAACAGACCUGACAAACUUGAUGACAUCAGCAUUGAAACACUUCAUGACCACCUUGGCGGCUUUGACCUAUUGACAUACGGACUCUCAGCAGAGGAUGUUAUGGAUGCAGAGGAUAUUGUUGAGGCAGUGGUUGAAGCGCACACUUUACUUGAAGUGGAGGAUAUUCAUAACCUCUCUUCGUUUGACCUUUAUGUUAGAUAUAAGCCAACUGAAGAGCUAUUUGCUGAAUUGAUUCGUUGUUAUCAACCCAUUGAUAGUGCGCAAGGAGCCCGGAUUCCCUCAAUUAAGCGCCUCCGCUCCCUUGCUCGUACUCUUUCUGGAUUCACUCCAAAGCGUCACCACUGCUGUGUCAAUUCUUGCGUAGCCUUUAUUGGGUACCUUGGGGAUAUGACAACCUGUCCAGUCUGCCAUGAAGGUCGUUUGGAUUCAUCAGGCAAACCUUGGAACAUUUUUACCACCAUCCCCCUCAUUCCCCAACUUCGUGCAUUAUUUGCCUGUCCCAUUACUGCGGAGAAGAUGCGCCAUCGACAUACCUAUUCCAACAACAAGGGAACAAUGGCUGAUAUUUCGACUCUCUUCGCUAUCUUGAGCUAUGCAACCUCUUUGUCACGAUUGACGGCAAGCCAAUGCCGUAUAGAUACUUUCAAGAGGAGCACGAGGUUGCACUUGGAAUUACUCUGGACGGUGCUUGCCCCUUCAAACGCCGAACCAACACCUGUUGGCCUAUCCUAA